AUGAAGACGCGCCAAGGCCCAGCGGCUGUGGUCCUGCUCGUGCCGCUUGUGCUUGCACUGAGUUCAGGUUUCGUGCCACUGAGCACGGGCCUUCGUAUCGCCUCCUACAAUAUUCGGAGCGGGUCGGGUAUGGAUGAUGUGUAUAACCUGAGCCGCACGGCUGAGGCCAUCCGCCUCAUGAAUGUGGAUAUUGUUGGGCUACAGGAAGUGGACAACAACACCGAUCGCCACCCCCACGAUAAUCAG